UGUAUUGGAAACAUCAAACAAUGUUAUUAUUUUUACUGUAAACAUUGAAUGUAGUUACCACGUACAUAGUAGCGUUUUUGAUACAAGAAAUCCCAAGAGUCGCAGCGUUGGGGGGUCGUUUGUCCAGUUCAUAUGAUAUAAGGAAAUAAUACAUAUCGUUUAUAUUAAAAAAAGCUGUUAAGCUAUAUAGAGCUAUGGCGUCACAUUUAAGUACUAAAGAUCGCUUAUUGGCACUAAUAGAUGAUAUCGAACUUAUUGCUAAGGAAAUAAUAGAAGUUUCCAUAGCACCAAAACCACAGAAAGUGUCCGCUGCAGAUCAUGCUCAGUUGACGGACCUACUUCUAUCAAAACAUGGAGAAUUGAAAAAAACAUUAGACCUAGCUGACGAACAAGCAAAGAUCCAACAGAAAAUGAAUGAACUCAAAGCUGAAGUAGAUAGUAAGGAUCAAGAUAUAUAUCACCUUCAAAGACAAUUGAAAGAUGCAGAACAAAUUCUGGCUACAUCACUGUAUCAAGCUCGACAGAAACUUGCAUCAAUAGUGAAGUCUAGAAAGAGACCUGUACCCUCUGAGGAGUUGAUCAAAUUUGCACACAGAAUAAGUGCAUCUAAUGCUGUCAGCGCACCUUUGUCGUGGCAACCUGGUGAUCCUCGUCGGCCUUAUCCAACUGAUUUAGAAAUGAGAUUAGGAAUGCUCGGUCGCCUCUGUGAUCUGCCAUUGAAUGGUCACACGCCUUCUACACUGAAUGAACUUCAUCGUAUAACAACUGGUGGAGUACCAGCUUCAGCUUCAAGCCAAUUCACUUGGCAUCCAUCAGGCGAGCUACACAUGUCUGUUGGAGGCGGUAACUCUGUAGCUAUUGAUGGCCGAGGGAAGGAUGCUCCCAACCAAGAAGAUGUUGAAGUUAUGUCCACAGACUCCAGUUCAAGUUCAAGUAGUGAUUCACAAUGAAUACAGAAAAACCGUGGACUUCAUUUUGAUUAAAAGUGUAGUGCAACUCAACAAGUUAAAAAGACUGAUGCUUGUGUUUAUUAUGAAAAAAAUAUUUGUAGAAUUAAUUCAAAUGUUAUUUAAAUAUCCUCAUAGAAAUGACAUAAUAAAAAAAUUUAU